AUGGAGGUAAGUUUAGUUUUGGUUCCGCAUCUUUUAGACGACCAGCCCAGCAUUCGGCUGGAAGCGAAGGAUGUGAGUAUUCCGUCAAACAUUGAGUUAGCGGACCCCACAUUCUGCAAGAGAAGAGGCAUCGAGAUUAUACUCGGUGCCCGAGUACUAUUCCAGAUUCUGAGCCCCAGACAAAUCCAAUGUACAAAUGGCCCGAAUCUUCAGGAGUCAGCCUUAGGCUGGCUUGUUGGCGGACUAGUUUCGCUACGGUCAACCCGGAAAGCAGUAAUGACUGUUGCCACCGUUAGUACAAAUGAGAUCCAAGAAGAAGAGGACCCCGAUGGGAAAUUGGAUAUUCUCUUCAAGAGGUUUUGGGCCUUGGAGGAGGUAACUUCUGCGGAAGCGAAGUCCACCUCUGACCAGGUAAACCUAUGCGAGGAGCACUUCCUCCAGCACACCAAGAUAGGGGCAGAUGGCAAAUAUAUUGUGCGCCUCCCUUUCAACGACAAGCCCAUUCAACUGGGUGAUUCCUACGAGCAAGCAAGAAGACGCUUGUUCUCGCUAGAAAGGAAACUCACGCGAACUCCGGAAGUAUACGAGCAAUACAGAGAGUUCCUGAAAGAGUAUCUGACAUUAAAUCAUAUGGAAGUUGUAGAACCAAAGGAUUAUCAAAAAAUCCGCUACUUCAUACCACACUCAUGUGUCAUCAAGCCAGAUUCUUCAUCAACCAAGCUUCGCGUGGUAUUUGAUGCAAGCGCUAAGGCAUCAAAUGGACAUUCCUUGAAUGACAUGCUGCGUAGUGGACCAGCGAUCCAAACGGAGCAAUUCGAUUUGCUCCUGGACUUUCGCUGCCAUGACAAGGUGCUAAUGGCCGACAUCGCGAAGAUGUAUCGGCAAGUCCAUGUCCACGAAACGGACUCGUGGUACCAGUGCAUCGCCUGGAGGGAUAAUCCUUCGGAAGCGAUUCAGGCUUAUCGCCUCAAAACAGUGACUUAUGGCGAGGCGGCAUCCUCAUUCCUAGCAUGUCGCGCUCUACACCAAGUCGGAGAAGAAAUCCGAUCGCAUCAGCCGAGCAUUGCUGAUAUUAUUCAGAAAUGUUUCUACGUCGACAAUUUGAUGAUGGGGGGAAAUUCAGCAGAAGGUCUUCUGAGUCAACGAAAAGCCGUGGAGGCCGCUCUUCUGCAGCGAGGCUUUCCCUUACGGAAAUGGGCAUCCAACGAUGCCAGCAUCAUAGAAGAUGUACCUGCCGACGAUCUCGAAAAGGAGAUCAACAUCGGAAAUCACGAUGUGAUUAAAACCCUAGGCGUGGCCUGGUCUCCACGCGGAGAUACCUUUCGAUUCCUAGUGGAGGACCGCAAUGCAAGCAAGCAAACUAUUACCAAGAGGCAGCUAGCCUCGGAGGUGCUCAGAUUAUAUGAUCCGUUGGGCAUAAUGCAACCGGUCAUCAUUACAGCAAAAAUAUUGCUGCAGAGCUUGUGGAAAACCAAGCUCGGUUGGGAGGACCAGAUCCCACCAGAAACUUUGCACGAAUGGCAGCAACUGAAGAAAACGCUGCCGAAGUUGGCGGAACUAGAGUUCCCGCGUCAAGCCAUCCCGAGUAACGUAGCACACUUGGAGCUGCACGGUUUCUCGGACGCUUCUAUUCGCGCUUAUGGAGGCGCAAUUUAUGCCUUUGCCAUAGACACGCAAGGUAACAAGUCCAUGAACCUGCUUUGUGCAAAGUCGCGUGUAGUCCCGAUGAAGGACCUCACUCUUCCUCGAAAGGAAUUAAUUGGAGCCAAAUUGUUGGCAGAGUUGAUGAGCCGCGUGAUCGGCAUCAUACCACAACACAUUAACAAGGUUCACUACUGGUGCGACUCGCAAGUAGUGUUGUCCUGGAUACACGCAAACGAUCAACACGCCGAGGUGUAUGUUCGAAAUCGUGUGAAAAUCAUUCAACAAUUAACAAACAAGAUGAGCUGGAGGUACAUCCCCACCGACCAGAACCCAGCGGAUGUGAUCUCCAGAGGAAUCUCAGUGAGGAAACUGUUGACCACCAAGAAGCAGCUGUGGCUGCAUGCCACCCCGUAUGCACAUAAGCAAUUUUAA